AUGAGCUUCCUCAACUCGCUGCAGCAGGUGGUUGCCGGCGUCACCAGCAGCGUCACCAGCCUCUCGCUCUCGCCCAAGAGGUUUCCCUUCGGCCGUGAGAACAGCUCCGGCAGCGGCGGCGGCGGCGAUGUGAGCACGCCUCCCCCGGGGCCCCCACCACCACUACCAGACGCGGCCGGGGGGUCGCCGAACCCCCGCCUGGGCCCCAAGCUGGUACCUACCCCGGGGCUGCAGGGGUGCGGCGCCACGGCCCCAGGGGAGGGGCAAGAGCUUCAUGAACAACAUGAUGCAGCCGCCGCCCAUGCAGCAGCAGCAGCAGCCCGUCCGGAAGGAGAGGGAACGGCGCCCCCUCCCCGUGCUGCAGUGCGGGGACCGCUACACGUACUGGCCGGAGUACGACCCCAGCCAGAACUGGUGAGUAGCCGUGAGUCGUCUGCCGCCGGCGCCCUCGGGCUGCCCGGGGCACAGGGCCAGGGCGAGCGAGUACCUGGGCCCGGCUCGGGACUCGAGCAGGCUGACUUGACUUCAGUUGCACAUGGAAAAGCAGCAUCUGUGCUGUCCACACAGAUUUAUAGAGUCGAGCAAUGGCUCUCUCAGGAAGUGGAUGGGAAACGCACCCGCACCAGGUGGGAGAGGUGUCGAGCGCACCGCAAGUUGAAGGCUCUUGGGAGGCAAUCUGUUUACACUGAGGGAGGUGCAGAUAACUGA